AUGGCGGCGCACGCGGCGGCGCCCGCCGGGCCGGGCCUGUCGCGACAGCGGCGACAGUCGGUGCCUCGCCUCGAUCCCGACACCGCCGAGUAUUUCCGGAGAGCCCUGGAGAUGCUGGAGGAGGGGCUGAGCGAGGAGGAGCUCGCUCUCUUCGUCCCCGCCGUGCUCUCCGAAGCCGCCUCGGCCCCUCCCCAAAUCCUGGCCGUGUCCCCAGGACCCUCCCGGCUCCUCCUGCGCCUCCUGCCCCUCAGCCCUGAGCUGCUGGAGGGGCUGGUGGGGGAGGUGGGCAAAGAUUUGGGGGGAUUGGCCCGGGACCCCAACGGGAGCUUCGUGCUCAGGGCGCUGCUGGGGGUGCUGGGGGGCACGGGGGAUAAAGUUCCUGACCCCGAGGGGGCGGAGCCAAAGAAGAAGUGGGCGUGGCCAGCGCUGGAAGGGGAGGAGCCAAAGCCAAAGGGGGCGGAGCUUCCGGCCUGGUUCCGCCCCCUGCUGGAGGAGCUGGCCCAGGGCUUGGAGAAGGAAAUGCCAGCCCUGCUGAGCCCGGCCUGCGCCAGCCUCUGCCUGCAGGGGGCGCUCUCCGCCCUGCACCGCAGCCAAUCCCCGGCCUGCUCCCGCUUCUGCCGCGCCCUGAUUGGCUGCCUCGGCCAGGACAGCCCCGCCCACGGCCACAGCCCCCUGCUGACGUCACUGCAGGACCCCGCCCGGUCCCGCCUCCUGGAGGCGGCCAUGACAGCCCUGGACCCCCAGGGACUCCGGGAGCUCUUCCGGGGUCACCUCAAAGGUCACGUGAGGGGCGUGGCCUCGCACCGAGUGGCCAAUCACGGCCUGCAGCGGCUCCUGGACCACGCCCCCGAGGAUGUGGUGUCGGAGGUGCUGUCGGAGCUGGGCCCCGCCCUGGAGGAGCCGCUGGCCCGGGGCCACCCCGGGGUGUUGAUCGCCCUGCUGGGGGCGGCCCAGCGGCACCCGCGGCUCCAGGGCGACGCCCUCAGGUGGCUCUUCCAGGCCUUGCGCUGCUGGGCCCCGCCCAAGCACCCCCAGUGCGUCGCCGCCCUGGCCCAGCUCCGCCCACUGGGGGGCGGGGCCGAAGACCAGGAGGGGGCGGAGCCUGAGCCCCUUCCCGCCGUGUCCCUCUGGGGGUCCCUGGCCCUGCAGCUCCUGCUGCGUUUCCGGGACCCCUCCCCAAUUUGGGGGUCGCUGCUGGCGCUGCCCCCCCCGGCGCUGCCGGCGCUGGCGCGGAGCCCCCCCGGGAGCCGCCUCUGGGAGCGAAUCCUCGACUCCCCAAACGUCCCCGGGAGCGCCCGGAAACGCCUCCUGCGCCGCCUCCAGGGUCACUGGGCGCUGCUGGCGCGGGAUCGGAGCGGGAGCCGAGUGCUGGACGCGGCCUGGACAGGAAGUGAUGUCAUCCAGAGGGCCAAGAUGGCCGCCGAGCUCGCCCCCCACCUGCAGGAGCUGCUGCGGGACCCCCACGGCCGCGGCGCCGCCCGGAAUUUGGGGCUGGAAUUUUUCCUCAGGGACAGGGGGGGAUGGGAGCGGCUCCAGAGGGGGGAGGGGCGCAGGGGGCGGGGCCUGGGGCUCUGA